AUGAGGACGAGAAGGUCGAAUCGCAUUAAAAGAUAUGCUGUGGAGAAGUAUCACUUUGAUGAUAGCUCCGCUGGGGAGGAUGCGAGCCCCCAGCGCCAUAGCAAGGCCGAAGAAGAUCAGGACGCCAACUUUGAGAAUGAGGCGGCUGGUGAUGAUCCAGAGGAAGUAGAGGACGAUGAGGGCGACGCAGCAGAGGAUGACAACACCAGCAUUAGCGAAGCAGAAAGUGUUGAGGUUACCACGACCCCCGCACGACGUCGCGCAGCAAAGUCGGCGUUGGAAAAGGCACCGCAAACAGCCCCUAAACAAGCAGUCAAGGCAGCCAAGCUUACUGGAGGCUACCUGGAGAUCCCUCUGGCCACACAAGAGGGCAGCCACCAGCCCAAGACAUACAUUGGCCCCAAUGAUCGUGCGGUGCGCCGCCACCAUCUCGUUUCAGCGUGGUACGGGCCGAGCGAGGAACGCAUGGAGACGGUGCAGGCCUUACUCGAUCGCUGGUUCCAAUGGCCAGUGCUGCCGCCGAGGAACCCCAAGGACGAGUCGACAGUGCCGUCCAAGGGCGCGUGGUUGGAAGAUUAUGCGAGCAGGGAAAGGGCGCUGGCCGCUUCUUGGCGUGCCAAAGUUGAGGCGGCUAUGGGUGGCCACCCACCACUGCGAGGCCUGUCACCAGCAGAGGCUGCACCGUAUAGGUUUUCGACGCACAGCAUGCCUGUGCUCGUCGGACCUGGGGCCUCAGAAGAGGUUUUGUUUGUCCCUGGCAGUGGAUACGCGUUAUCACAAGCAGGGAUACCAUUCGACUACGAUCAGAGCGAGGAGAGGGAGCCGAGCGGAUGGAUGUUCGACACGGGGGGCAUUGUCACGAGCAUGGACUGGGCACCAAGAUUACACGAUCAAACGACACAGCUCCUCGCGGUUGCGGUCAUGCCCCAUGCCGACCAAGAGGCUCACGAAUUCUCAGAUGAGGCAGCCAAGACGCAGUUUCAAUCUCGUGGUACGGUGCAGCUGUGGGAGGUGCAAGGAGAUACGAUUGAUACGGGAUCGGCGAUGACAACAACCCUGCCUCCCAGGCUCACGAGAACGUUGUGUCUCCCUCAUGGUAGGGCGAGGCGGGUACGGUGGAAUCCGGUGGGUGGCCUGCUUGCGGUGUUGUGCGCAGACGGGGCAGUGUAUGUGUUUGAAGCCGAUGGUCCAGGUACCGAAGAAUUUGAGGAGCUCCUAAAUUCUGUCGCCGUCUUGUUUUUACAAGACGAAGCUGGCAUCGAUGCUACAGCCAUGAGCUGGGCCAAUAUGAACAGGCUGGUGGUGGGCUACUCGGAUGGAUCUGUAGCACUGUGGUCCAUUUUCCCUUGCCUUUUACUGUCUCGGCAUGCUGUUCAUCACAGCCACGUCGUGGAGCUCGCCACAGGCUACCCAAGCAUGCCGUACAUUGUUGCUGCGACGCCUCUGGGCGGCACCAUGCGUAUUCUGGAUCUAGAGGCCCCGAGUUACGAGUUCACAGAAGUCCAGGCCAUCAACGUAGUGACGCAGCCCGGUCUUUUGGCUUGGAGCGACCAGAUGUUGGGCUUCUUUUCCAUCUAUCCCUCUGCGCGCGUGAACAAUACUGUUAUUGGGUUCAUGCACCACGCCAACUUUCCGCUCUUCCGUACGACAUUUACAGGGGACAGUUUUCCGUCGUGCAUCGCGACUGGUAAAACACAUCCGUUUCUGCUCAUUGGAUUGAUGGACGGCUCGGUAUGGUGUAUCAACCCACAAGUCGAGCACUUUAACAGCCGAAGCGAUGCCACAUACCGUCUUCGUCUAUUCCAGCACGAGCACCGACCACAUUGCUUGUUCUCGCGAGACUCGCCGGCGGGCAUGCGAGGAGCAUCACGCGUAGUGCAGGGGUUCGAGGUGGAAAAGAACCGAAACCCCAAGAGCGAGACGCAGCCUGCCACGAAAAAGGGCAAGGCGGUGAAGAGGAAGAAGAGCACGGCAGCAGCGGUGGAGAAUGCCGACGACGAUGAGGACGAAGUGCUCAAGUCGAGCGACGCUUCCCGUGCAGCGCUGCACGAGCCUCUGACAAGAGUAACGGCAAUGGAGUGGAAUCCAAACGACGGCUACGGUUGCUGGGCGGCGGCGGCCAUGGGCUCUGGGCUUGUCCGGAUCAUGGAUCUGGGGAUCGAGAACAAGGAUGAUGACGAGUAA